AUGGCGCUAUCCAAGUUUUCAUUUCCUCUAUUAUGUGUCUUAGGUUUAUUCAUUGCGGAUCAUGUUAUUGUUGCCUAUGCUCAAGACUCACCAGCAGACUAUGUCAAAGCUCACAACGCUGCAAGAUCAAAGGUUGGUGUUCCAAAGUUGGUUUGGGAUGACAAUGUUGCUUCUUUUGCACAGAACUAUGCUAAUCAACGUAAACGUGAUUGCCAACUGAUUCACUCAGGUGGUGGUGGUCGUUACGGUGAGAAUCUGGCAAUGAGCUUCGGUGACCUAAGUAUAAGUGGCAAAGAUGCAGUGAGAAUGUGGGUUAAUGAGAAACGCAACUAUGACUACAAUUCUAACUCAUGUAUUGGGGGUCAGUGCCUGCAUUAUACUCAGGUUGUUUGGGGAAACUCAACACGCCUUGGAUGUGCCAGAGUAAGAUGUGAUAAUGGAGGCUCAAUAUUCAUCACUUGCAAUUAUUAUCCCCCUGGCAACUAUUAUGGCCAAAGACCCUACUAA